CACACACCUUCAAAUAGUAAGUGAGUGAGUUCAAUAAUAACAAGAGAAAAUGAAUUCCAAAGCAGUUGUUUUGAUCGGCCUUUUGGCUAUCUUCCUCCUAGCCUUUGUUUCUCAUGCAGCCACCAAAGAUUUGGCUGAAACCCAGGAUCAGUACGGAGGAGGAAAUAAUAAUGGCGGCGGAGGGAAUAAUAAUGGCGGCGGUUGGGGAGGAGGAGGAAAUAAUAAUGGCGGCGGUUGGGGAGGAGGAAGAGGAAAUAAUAAUGGCGGCGGUUGGAGAAGAGGAAAUAAUAAUGGCGGCGGUCGCGGUGGAGGAUGUCGGUACGGGUGUUGCAACAGAGGUUUACGUAGUUGUAACAGGUGUUGCUCUUACCUAGGAGAGGCGGUUCAAGCUGAUGUUGGGGGAGCCAAGCCGUGAAGGUUGAGCCGAGUGGUGAGCUAGCUGUUAGCAAAAUCCAUGUAGUAAUAAUUAAGAAAGAAUAAGAAAAGGCAUUCAUGGUUGUGUGUGAGUGAAAGUUCAUGCUUUUAUAUCUAUAUAAUAAUAUGAUGCUACUGUCACCUCUGUUUUAUUAUGGAGUUCUAAAUUAAUAAAGAUCUUUUAGAAUUUUAUGGCUUA